AUGGCUAAGAGCGUAUCUCCCUUCCGAAGUGCAUCCUCUCAAAUGCCUCCACUUACCCUAUCCGUCGGCCAACUUUUUGUCCAAUCCCAACUAUGCACCAAACCACAAUUGCCUCCCAAGGACCUCGACCUCUCAGGCCAAACAGCGAUCAUCACCGGAUCAAACAAUGGAAUCGGCUUUGCAUGUGCCAAGCUUCUGCUCCAGUAUAACUUGAGCCAUCUCAUCAUGGCGGUGAGAUCUGAAGACAAGGGCACUGCUGCCGCUGAGCAGCUUCGUCGAACAUCAGCGUCAACAAGUCCCCAGAUUGAUGUUUGGAAGCUCGACAUGGGUUCUUACCGCUCGAUUGAGGACUUUGCGAAGCACUGCGAGACUCUGCCGCGGAUAGAUCUUGUCAUUCUCAACGCUGGCAUGGGCGAUAUAACCUUCCACCUUAACAAGGCAACAGGCCAUCAAGAGAUUGUGCAGGUCAAUUUCCUCUCUACCAUGUACCUGUCCGUUCUUCUCUUGCCUAUACUCAAGACUAGGGCUCCGAAUACCAAGCCAGGCCGCCUCACUAUCGCAGACCACAUCAUCUCUGCGCUCGACUCAGAAGCCAAUUUCGAUGGCAUGGGGUAUUACGGGAAGUCUAAGCUUCUCGGUCACUUCUUCAUCGACAGACUAUCUCAGCACGUUGACCCAAGCGAUGUUGUCAUCAAUCUUGUUGACCCGGGCAUGACCAAGGGCACUGGGCUGAUGGACAAAGGCACUUGGCUCAUGAGAAUGGCGAUGGCCAUGGCAACUAGGUUAGUUGGCCGUACGCAGGAACAAGCUGCCUCAACCUACGUUGAUGCAGCGAUAGUCAAAGGAGAGGAAUCCCAUGGGUCCUAUUUAAUGGACUGGAAGAUCUACCCGUUCGGCUCGUACUACUACACUGGAGAGGGCAAGGGUGUUCAGGACAGAAUCUGGAGGGAGGUGAUGGAUGAAUUUGCGUUUGCCAAUAUAGAAGACAUAAUACGUUCUCUGAAGAAGUAG